AUGGAUGACAUGAUAGUGAGGACGAGGGAGAAGGAGAUUGAUAUAGAGCACCUCAGGAAGAGGAACCCAAAGACGGGGCAGGUGACUGGGGUUUCUGUGAAGAAACCCAGGGGAUUUGACUCAAGGUUGAAGGGCAUGUAUGGACAGAGCCGCUGUGGGAAAUUCAGCAAGACACACGAGGGAGCGUGCAAUGUGGGGGGAUCGGGCUGCUAUAAAUGCAGAAAGUUAGGACACUAUGGCAGCGAUUGUACUACUCCUACCCCCAUUGUUCAUCCAUCAGACCUGAUUUCCUUCCAUUGCAAUCAGAAGGACCAUAAAAACGCCAACUGCCCGAGAUUGGUACCGGCAGUGCCAGUGGCGGCGCCAGCUCAAUCGACCCUGCAGAUCACGGAUGGCCGAUAG